AUGGUGCGGUCUUCAACUUCCCGUCCAUCGUCAGCAGAGAUGGCAUCCCCAGCUAUCACGCCGCGAAACUCUCCCGACCAGAUCGCAGAUGCCAGAGCCCGAAAUGAAGCUACGGAGAAUGACGAUGACGCCGUCUCCAUCCAAGCCGACAUGGAAAAAGCAAUCGUCGCACUGAACUUCCACAAGAUGCUGCGCUCGAACGGCCAAGCCUUUGUCGGCGGCUCCAUCCUCAAGUCGAAGGUCACCAUCCGCUUCACGCCCGUCAUGAGCACGCAAAUCCCCGGAUGUAUCCUGACGGUCGAGUCUGACGACGAUGGCGGAGACCUUCCGUGGGGCAUCAGCAAAGUCGACGUCUACGUCUUUGCCAAUUGCUUGGCCCGACUACCGAGUCCAGAUGGAACUCAACAUGAUGGCCCGCGGCCACGCCGACCUAUGUUCUCGGGUAUCGCAGAACACCAGCAACGAGAGCUGCAGCAGCGAGCCCAUGGUCUCAAAGCCGGCGACGAGGGAUUAUCGCAAUUCGAGUGGAUUCUGGUCGCUCUGUUCACGGAGUCAGAAGUCGAUAUUCUACGGUAUUGGCCGAGCAGCGCCGAGUGCAGCGCGGUCUUCCUGAGAUUUGAGAGUGUUUGGGGUGCUGCCCUCAAAGACGCUGCUGUUAUGGGCAAUUUCCCAUACUAUCGACGCCGUGCGGCAAGUCAGGGGCUGAGCGUCACUUCUCCCAUCUUCCGGCCUCAGUUGGCCGUUCCACCACCAAAUCUCGUCACAGAGUGGCGGGUGACGUAA